AAAGUGUUUGUCACACUUUCUUGCAACAGUGAAUCGACGGUAUUAACAAGCUCAAUAAAUCCACUUAUAGUCAUAAUGAUGAAACGUAUGGAAUCGCUCAAACAAGCUCUGAUUAAUGAUGGGCUCAUUUAUGGUUUUUUUGCCUUGUGGAUGGGUGCAAACAUUGGGCUGUUUGUAUAUACAUUCUGGCUGUUCGAGACAGCCGACAUCCAUGUGUUGAUGGUAGCAUGUAUGGGCUCAUCUUUGUCACUCGCCAAAGCAUCGGCCGCAACCUUGAAUUUAAAUUCAGCAUUGAUCCUGCUACCAGUGUGUCGUAAUCUGGUGUCAUACCUUCGAGGCGCGGUAAUAUUCCGUGGCGGACUACUGCGACUUUUAGAUAAGAAUAUCAGUUUCCACAAGUGGUGCGGGUAUAUGAUCAUGCUACACUCUAUCAUUCACACGGUAGCGCAUAUGUACAAUGGUCUCAAUUUUCAACGAGCGUCUGAGGACCCCAACUUUGUCCCCUGCACGGACUAUUUUGUACCAGGCACACCCAUACCAUACUACUUCAGCAUGCUAUACUCAGCUGCAGGCAUCACAGGAAUGGUUAUGUGUAUAGUACUCUUCUUGAUGAUGAACGCAUCAUUCGAAUACCUCCGCAAGACUAACUUUGAGGUGUUCUGGUACACACAUCAUCUAUUCAUCGUGUAUUACAUUGGCAUCAUUACACACGCACUCUCCGGCCUAGUACAGACAGUUAACCCCGAUGGCAGCUUCACGAAGGCUGGUCUCACGGCGUGGCAGUGGGUCAUUGGCCCGCUUGUGAUUUAUGGUAUUGAGAGAAUUACUCGACUGUUCCGCAGUACACAACGGGUGGUUGUUGCAAAGGUGGUGCAACACCCGUCCAAUGUAGUCGAGAUACAAAUGCUCAAGAAAGGCUUCAAGGCCACCGCCGGACAGUACAUCUUCAUUCAGGUACCUACUCUAUCGUCUUUUGAGUGGCAUCCUUUCACACUCACCUCAUCGCCCGAGGAGAGUUUCUUCUCAGUGCACAUCCGUGUGGCUGGUGACUGGACAACAUCCCUAGCUGAGCGCCUGGGCUGUCACUGGGACGCCAAAGGUAACCAGAUUGUGAAAUCUGGGUACAAAGGGAAUCCGUCCAAGAUGCCCACAUUCAAUGUAGACGGUCCGUUCGGUACAGCCACUUCAGGAGACGCGUUCAAGUAUUCUACGGCCAUCCUGGUGGGUGCUGGAAUUGGGGUGACGCCCUUUGCGUCUGUGCUGAAGAGUAUCUGGUACCAACAGGCCCAGGGAUUGAACAUGAAGUUGAGGAAAGUGUACUUUAUAUGGAUUUGCCGUGAUCGCCGAAGCUUCGAGUGGUUCCAGGAUCUGAUCGAGGCCUUGGAGUUGCAGAUGGUGUCCCAGGGCAUGCAGGCGUUCUUACAGAUCGAUGUGUACCUGACUGAGAGGAUCAAACAUGAAGAGAUUACAAAUAUAGUCACGGAGGGAGAUGCCAGUGAGGACCUUCUCCAUGGACAGCACACCAAAACACACUUUGGACGGCCGCACUGGGACAAGAUCUUUGCGGAGACAAGUACCAAGCACGCCAACGAACAAGUAGGAGUGUUCUUCUGUGGACCCAAAGUCCUGGGCAAGGUGCUGCACACGAAGUGCAAUGAGUACAGUGACAAGAUCCAACACGGCGGUGCACGGUAUAUCUUCAACGAGGAGGUAUUCUAAACAUGGAUAGACUAUUUAAUCUGACUUAAAUAUAUCAUGUACAUACAGAGAAAGUGUGGCUGUGGCGUCCAAGUAUGGCGUUUGUGGUGCUGAUGUAGUACACGGGCGAUAAUCGGCGAGUGCAUACGAUAGAAGAUCGCCCAAACCCCGUGCAAGUGAUCAGUUCCAACGUUUACGCUCUCUAGACGAACUUUCUCUGAUACAACACCAGAACGUGAAUACGCAGUGGGGACUUCGAAGUGCACUGCUAGUGUAUACCCACAUACCGUCGCAUAAUCCACAGUAUGCUAAUUGAUAACGCGGAGGAAUAGUAUAAGAAGCCCAUUUACGCUGGUAGGGAAUUGACUUCCUCGGCAACACAAGUAACCGACACGCUAUGAGAGCCGAAAGAAUCACGAGCAUAGUAGCCUACACACACUCCACAGAUCAGCCCAUGACUACUAUAGCAACCUGAGUGAAGCGACUUAGGUGUAGAAUACCAAAUAUAGCAAUGUAUAUUGACCUUCAGCGCCGGUCGUUCACACAAAGCUCAGUGCGAAGCUGCCGGGCAUAGACUUGCCACCAGAGAAGAAUUAUACCCCAGAGAGGGAAGAAUCAGAUAAAUUUCAAUCGAAUAAAGCACAUACUGAAUCUC